CCAUGUAACAACAUUUUUGUUUAUGUUAAUUUUUUAAUGUUUCUUACAUAAUUUUUGUAUGCUGAUUUCAGUGGUACCAUUGGUUUUUCUCUAUCAUCAAGAUUUCCUGAGAAAAAGCAUAAAUUUAACUAAUUACAACUGUUACAUGAAGUAGUGAAUAUGUCUAGUAGAUCCUGCAAGCUUUGUCCUGACUCAUUCUGUUAUGUUUGUGGUUACUAUAUUAGUCCAACACAAGCUAAACAUAAGAUUGUCAGUGGUACAAAAUUCUUUACUGCAUAUCAUGCUUAUUUUGGCAUGGCUAUGGGAGAUCAGGACAAAUCGUGGGCACCACACUACAGUUGUGGUAGCUGCAGAUCAACUCUGGAAGGAUGGCUGCGUGGAAUCCGAAAGUCAAUGCCCUUUGCGAUUCCAAGAAUAUGGAGAGAACCGACGAACCAUCAUGAUGACUGCUUUUUCUGCAUUGUUGACAUUUCAAAGUAUAAAAAACCGAAAGAUAGGCUGACUCUAGUUUAUCCAAGUAUACCACCUUCUAUUGGACCAGUUCCACACAGUGAUGAAUUGCCUGUUCCUACUCCACCUCAAUCCGAAGAAGCAGCUGCAUAUCAUUCUGAAGUAGACUCAUCGGAUGAACUCAAUGAUGACUGUGAUUUCAGGGAACCGAAUGAUUCACCUCAUUUCCCUAACCAACAAGAACUUGAUGACUUAGUACGAGAUUUAGGUCUCACUAAAUCAAAUGCAGAACUUCUGACAUCACGUUUGAAAGAAUGGAAUUUAUUAGAUCCAAGCUGCAGAACCUCGAAAUACCGAAAAAGACAUGAAACAUUCGCAUACUUUUAUGUAGUAUCAGAAUCACUGUGCUAUUGUCAUGACGUUCGUGGUCUUUUCAAUGACAUUAGCAUUGUUCACAAUCCUGAAGAGUGGAGAUUAUUCAUUGACAGCUCAACAAGAAGUCUAAAGGCAGUUUUGCUCCAUAACGGAAACCGAUUUCCUUCGAUUCCAGUAGCUCAUUCCGUUCAUCUAAAGGAAGACUAUAAGAACGUGAAGUUGUUGCUUGAGAAAAUCAACUACGACAGUUACAAGUGGGAUGUAUGUGGAGACUUUAAGAUGCUAGCAUUUCUUCUCGGUCUGCAAGGAGGAUACACAAAGUACUCGUGUUUUCUUUGUUUAUGGGAUAGCAGGGCUGCAAACCAGCACUUCACAAGACGUGAGUGGCCAGUGAGAGAACAUUUACAGCCUGGUUCGCACAAUGUUAUUAAUCAAUCUCUGAUACCUGUUGAAAAGAUCUUACUACCACCCCUUCACAUUAAACUUGGUCUUAUCAAACAAUUUGUUUGA